AUGGCACACCGGCUCCGUUUGGACUUCGCGUCAAGGAGAAGCCACACCGACCCUCUGUCAGAGUGCCUCAGCAGCCAUGGUGAAGAGAGUGGAGUCAUUUUGUCAGCUGGUAGCCCCACAAAGAGUCUGGCGCACAGUUCUCUACACUUCAAGGUGACUUCGUUGUCACCGGACUAUGGACAUUUACAACGAUAUUCUUCAGUUUUUAUACCGAGGGUUAAUACAGCAGGAUGUAGUCAAAAAAGCGUUGUGCAGAUCUCUCUACAGCCCUGCGGCACGCUCACCGGAGACCGGGAUGGCGCCGUUGGGGAUGGAGAUCCCGGGAGCAGUGACCCGGGAGUGGUUGCAGGUUCUGAUGGGGGUUCGUGUAGCAGCAGUAUGGCCAGCGAUGCCGGGUACUGGAGUAGCAACAGUAUCUUUGAGCCAGAGACUUCAGAAAAGCACAGGACUACCCAAGAGAGGAGUUUUCUCUGCUGCCACUCCAAGGUCCCCUUGAGACGCUGUUCCUCCUUGGUUAUAUUCCCAAAGAGCCCCUGUACCACCCCACCUGCUUCUCCGGUAAACCCAGUGGCUCUCCCUCCUCUCCCAGCAACGAGAGCUCCGUUCCAGGCACCUGCCCCCGAGUGCUCACGGGAUGAACAGGAUAUGACUUGGAAAGAGUCUGCCACCUCUAUAAGUGGCCAACGUUGUCUGAAAGGAAACUCUUCAUCCGAGUGUCGGGACACCAAACAUAUGGUACAUUUUAAUAUUCCUUUGCAAGACAAACCUAUAUUUAAAGAGCUGGACAGCAAUGAUGUGAUGGAACAGUCAUCAGCUCAUGAAAAAUCUCAGCGUCAUUCAAGGAGCGUUCUGCUACACUUUGCCCAUCACAGACCAGUUACAGGUAAAGUCAGUCCGGAAUAUCCUGACGCUACUUACCCAGUUGCAGAGCCCGAGACUCAGCACAACCCUAAGAAAAAACUGUACCGGAGUACCUCGGCUUGUUUGUUCUCCUCGGUGAAACACUCAGAGGAAAAACUCUGUGCCUUAGCAAAAGAACAAGAAAGGUUGGAGGAAAAGCAUUGCCAUCGUGCCAUUCAACGCAGCUUUUCUCUGGAGGUGCCCUAUGCAAACACUGGGAUUUCAUGUCACGUUUCGAACACAAAACUCGGUAGUACAUACUCUCCGCACGUGCACAUUCAUCUGUCACCGUGCUGUCCAGCUAAAUUGCCGAGCCUACCUAAUGACGCAUACGCAAGCUGCAAAGGGAGCAGUACCGCAAAGAACUUAAGCCAAAAUGAGAAGACACGUGAUGACUUUCUGGGACAGGUGGAUGUUCCUCUCAAUCAGAUACCAACAGAAAAUCCUAAUGCACAAAGGCCUUACACAUUCAAGGAUUUUCUGCUUCACCCCAGAAGUCACAAGUCCAGAGUUAAGGGCCAUCUGCGACUUAAAAUGACCUACAUGCCAAGAAACACGGGCUCAGACGAGGAGCCGACAGAUCAGAAUGACAACACAGAUCCCUCAUGGGAGUUAUUGGAAUCUCAGGACAUGUCAGGUCCUAUGCAGAGCGAGCAGACACCUGCUCUGCCCCCUGGCUGGGAGGAGCGUCAGGACAACCUGGGAAGAACCUUCUAUGUCCACCACGAGAGCAGAACUACGCAGUGGGGCCCACCGACCUUACAAGACAAUAAUCUGGACACAAGGCGACAACAAAGUACAAGAGAGACGGCGCAGAAUUGUAUUACACGCAGACAGAUCUCAGACCCGGAUGAGACCUCUGGGCAAGAUGAGGAAUGGGAAGUUUUUAGAGACGAUGAAUUCUCUUCAAACCAGGGCAACCAACUCACAUCGCCCCCACCUCAGAUGCCCCCGGAGAUACAGAUGUUAAAUGACGAGUUUAGAAACAUUUAUAUUCCAGGGGCCACAGCUUGCGAGCACCAGGUGGAUCACGCGUGCAAUUCAAGCCAUUCCGUUCGCACGAGAAGUUUUCACACGUCAACAGCAGAGGAGCAUCCUGUUAAUUCUGUGCUGCUUGGGACCUCUGGGGGGCUGCCUCCAGGAUGGGAGGAAAAGAGAGACAGUAAAGGAAGACGAUAUUAUAUCAACCACAAUACCCGAACCACUUCGUGGAUACGACCCCGUGUGCAGAGAACUCAGUCAGCGUCAGGGGCCGUGCACAGCAGUGCGGGUACACCGCCCUUCCAGUCCGUGUCCGCUGAGGCAUCUCCCCAACACACUCCGAACGCGGAAGCCGCACUUGAAUCUGGCUCCAUGCCAGCCGGUUGGGAGGUCCGGAGCGCUCCCAAUGGAAGACCCUUUUUCAUCGACCACAAUACAAAAACUACUACCUGGCAAGAUCCCAGGCUUAUACUUCCUGUGCAUGCGAGGAGCAGACCUGCACUUGACCCAUCCGAUCUUGGCCCAUUGCCACCUGGUUGGGAGGAGAGGGUACACACAGACGGGAGGAUAUUCUACAUUGAUCACAACACCAAGACUACACAAUGGGAUGAUCCUAGGUUACAAAACUCAGCAAUAACUGGACCAGCAGUGCCUUAUUCCAGAGAUUAUAAACAAAAGUAUGACUACUUCCGCAAGAAGUUGAAGAAACCAGACAACAUCCCAAAUAGAUUUGAGAUGAAAGUGAGAAGAAACGGAGUGCUGGAGGACUCGUAUCGGCAAAUCCUCCUGGUUAAGCGGCCAGACCUGUUGAAAGCACGGCUGUGGGUGGAGUUUGAGGGAGAAAAGGGUUUGGACUACGGAGGCUUGGCCCGGGAGUGGUUCUUCCUCAUGUCUAAGGAGAUGUUCAACCCCUACUAUGGACUCUUUGAAUAUUCUGCCACGGACAACUACACACUGCAGAUUAAUCCCAAUUCAGGUCUAUGCAACGAGGACCAUCUGACGUACUUCAAGUGUAUUGGCCGUGUGGCAGGCAUGGCCGUCUGGCACGGAAAGUUGCUUGACGCUUUCUUCAUUCGGCCCUUCUACAAGAUGAUGUUGCAGAAGCCCAUAACGUUGCAGGACAUGGAGUCCGUCGAUAGUGAAUAUUUUAAUUCACUCAAAUGGAUUUUGGAGAACGACCCAACUGACCUGGAUUUGAUGUUCACCAUUGACGAGGAACUUUUUGGCCAAACUCACCAGCAUGAGCUGAAGCCCGAUGGUGCAGAGAUUGUUGUCACUAAUGACAACAAGAAGGAAUACAUCCAUCUUGUGAUGCAGUGGCGCUUUGUAAACCGAAUUCAGAAGCAGAUGACUGCCUUCAAGGAUGGAUUUUUUGAGUUGAUCCCUCAAGAUCUGAUCAAGAUCUUUGACGAGAACGAGCUUGAGUUGCUCAUGUGUGGUCUCGGAGAUGUAGACGUGAACGACUGGAGACAGAACACCAAGUACAAGAGUGGCUACAAUUCCAACCACGUCGUUAUCCACUGGUUUUGGAAAGCAGUACUGCUGAUGGAUGCUGAAAAGCGAAUUCGGCUCUUACAGUUUGUGACAGGAACGUCCAGAGUCCCGAUGAAUGGUUUUGCUGAACUUUACGGAUCGAAUGGUCCGCAACGGUUCACCAUUGAGCUUUGGGGAACGCGUGACAAACUUCCCCGAGCACACACGUGCUUUAACCGUCUGGACCUUCCACCCUACGAGUCGUUCGAGGAAUUGCGGGAGAAACUUCACAUCGCCAUCGAGAAUGCGCAGGGCUUCGACGGCGUGGACUAGUCCGAUCACGGACACAAAAGUGAGAAAACCAAGCGGCACCGGAUGUUGCGAAGAUCCAUAUUACAGCUGUAGGCUGUAAGACGCACAAAAAGGGCCGACACCUGGCCCUCGCUUUGGACAACACAAGGAAUGACAACGUCUGGAGUGGAAGGUGUCAUAUCUCUUCUAGUGUUCUGAAGUUUACAAAUCAGGGUCUUUUCAUUUCAUGUGAAAUGACAAAACACUAGCCACGAGACCAGAGCCAUAUUCAAGGUUUUCAGGGUGUCUGUUGACUUGCCCCCUUAUGUCCAAGUUGCUAUACGCUAUUGAAUGUCGUUUUUUAUUUUUUGAAGUCAAAUUAUAUCAUUUUAAAUGGCUGUUUGGGGGUUGAGGAGCGUGGGACCCUGCCCAAGCCUGUGCAUUAUUCCAACCCUGCAUGGGACUAUUAUAACCAAAAACGUGAAUAUUAUGGCUUUGGUUUCACAUCACACUUUUACAAAAAGUUGUCCUUCUACAUCACUUUUAAAAAAUAAGGUCAUGGAAAAAGUAGUUAAUUUUGUAAGUGACACAACUAUUGCGGUUCCACGUGCGUAAUCACUGCCCAGGUCUAAUAAUAACGAUAAAUGAAUAACAAAGGCAUGACAGUGAAGUCAUCCGAUAUACAUCAUGACAUAAACUAGUGCCUCGAGAUAUGAGUUUAAUUUCAUUAAUGAGCACGCUCGUAACCCAAGACACACCGCAAAUCAUAUUUCCUCAUAGAAAUAAAUGGAAAAGCCAUUAAUCUGUUCCAGCCUGAAACAAAAACAAGAAAAUAUUUUGGAGUGUGUUUUUAAUUCGAAAAAUAAUUAUAUUGUACUUUAUGAAAUCAAAAUAAUUAAACAGUUUUUGGACAAUGGACUCUGCUAGUCCUUUAGGUGUAUGUGUUUUGACCACCCGAGGGCUUUACAAGAUAGAUACACAUAGACAUGUAAACGGGUCAGUCCUCAGGAAAUACUAACAUUACCUGGAGUUGUUGUUCUUUGAGGAUUAAAAAAAUGUAUGCCUGUGAGUAUUAUUAUAUCAGCUAUAUACAUAUAUUGUUUGUGUUCAAAUAUUGUUUGAAGAGUUAUAACACCACCACAUGGACGCUAUUCAAAGCCUGUCUAUGGUGUUUCCCGUUAUCUUUUAGCAAUAAGCUUGUGGGCUAAAAGGCAAUAUUGUAUGGUUGUUUUCUAUACACAAAUGUUUUAUUCCCUUUGUUUAAUUUUUAGCUUGACACGAAACUUGAACCGGGAUUGGCAAUGAACAGCUUGAAUCUUUUUUUUUUUUGUUUUUUUUAAACAAUUUUUCACGACUAUCUGCCAAACUGCUGCUUUUUGCAAAAGUUAGUUGAUUUGAGUUGACCGCUUUCACGUUUUUGCUUGCAAGUCAAAGCAAAAGACGGCAGAAUGACGGCUUGUAACUUAAAAAUUUUUCAGUAGGGUCACUCAUAUCUCAAGGCACCAGCGUAUUCUUAAAUUAAACUCUUCUCCGACAUUGAAGUCUUUUUUUUUUUUUUUUUUUUUUUUUUUUAAUUUUUGUCCUUGAAACAGGGGUAAAAGGUAUUGUUUCUUUGAAGUUGUAGACAUGCUUUUACACGAUUCAUUCCAAUAUACGAGACACACCAAGGUGGGAAGUGUAUGUGCCUUCAGAACAGAAAAUUUGUGGGUUCACUGCAAGUAAGCAAAGUGUCUGUAGUUUAACGGAGUUUGAAAUGUACCAACGCCAGGACCAGUUCAAUGCUUGACAAAUUCUCGUCUACAGCCGAGUCUGUGUGCAGUUUGAGUAUGUUACAGUACUAUGCAUCAUUUUAAAUGCUUCUCUUAUUAGACACUAAUUGUUGCCUCCUACAAAAUGAUGAAGCUUUUUUUUAAUGACAGUUUAAGUCAUUCAAAGCCGGCUCACCGCUACAUACAGUGAAGAAAAUUAAGUAUUUGAACACCCUGCUAUGUUGCAAGUUCUCCCACUUAGAAAUCAUGGAGGGGUCUGAAAUUUUCAUCGUAGGUGCAUGUCCACUGUGAGAGAGAUAAUCUAAAAAAGAUAAAUCCAGAAAUCACAAUGUAUGAUUUUUUUUAACAAUUUAUUUGUGUGAUACAGCUGCAAAUAACUAUUUGAACACCUGUAUCAGCUACAAUUCUGACCCUCAAAGACCUCUUAGUCUGCCUUUAAAAGUCCACGUAUUGUCCUGAAUCAGAUGCACCUGUGUGUGGUCCUUAGCUGCAUAAAGACACCUGUUCACCCUGUAUAAUCAGUAAGACUCAAACUUGUAACUUGGCCAAGACCAAAGAGCUGUCCAAAGACACCAGAGACAAAAUUGUACAACUCCACACGGUUGGAAAGGGCUACGGAGAAAUUGCCAAGCUGCUUGGUGAGGAAAAAAAGGUCCAAUGUGGGAGCAAUCAUUAGAAAAUGGAAGAAGCUAAACAUGACGGUCAAUCUCAAUCGGAGCGACCCGACCUCGUGGGGUCUCAAUGAUCCUUAGAAAGGUGAGGAAUCAGCCCAGGACUACACAACAGGACUUGGUCACUGACCUGAAAAGAGCUGGGACCACGGUUUCCAAGGUGACAGACUGUUGGUAAUACACUAAGACGUCAUGGUUUGAAAUCAUGCAUGGCACGGAAGGUUCCCCUGUUUAAACCAGCACAUGUCAAGGCCCGUCUUAAUUUGGAUGAUACUGAGGAGUCAUGGGAGAAGGUUUUGUGGUCACAUGAGACCAAAAUGGAACUUUUUGGUCAUAAUUCCACUAACCAUGUUUGGAGGAAGAUGAAUGAUGAAUUCCAUCCCAAGAACACCAUCCCUACUGUGAAGGAUGGGGGUGGUAGCAUCAUGCUUUGUUUUUGUAUUUUUUUUCUGCACAUGGGACAGGAUGACCGCAGCCAUGUCUUGUGAGAUUUUGGGGAACAACCUCUUUCCCUCGGUCAGAGCAUUGAAGAUGGGUCAUGGCUGAGAGAAUCAUAUCAAGGUUCUGGCGUGGCCCACCCAGUCUCCAGACCUAAACCCAAUAGAAAAUCUUUGGAGGGAGCUUAAACUCUGUGUUUCUCAGCGACAGCCCAGAAACCUGUCUGAUCUAGAGAAGAUCCGUGUGGAGGAGUGGGCCAAAAUCCCUCCUGCAGUGUGUGCAAACCUGGUGAACAACUACAGGAAAUGUUUGACCUCUGUAAUUGCAAACAAAGGCUACUGUACCAAAUAUUAACAUUGGUUUUCUCAGGAGUUCAAAUACUUAUUUGCAGCUGUAUCACACAAAUAAAUUGCUAAAAAAUCAUACAUUGUGAUUUCUGGAUUUUUCUUUUUAGAUUAUCGCUGCACCUACGAUGAAAAUUUCAGAUCCCUUCAUGAUUUCUAAGUGGGAGAACUUGCAAUAUAGCAGAGUGUUCAAAUCCUUAUUCUCUUCAUGGUAACUCAGCCUUUUUUUUCUGCUCAUUGUCAUAUCUUAUACGUUCCUGUCCGAGUAUAAAAUGGAUGAAACGUUUCUUUUUCGGUGGACGGUAGCUUGCAGCUUGCAUGUUCCAACAUGCGACUGAAUCAUUUCGCAGAAGUCCAACUCAAUUGAAAACUGCGUUUAUGUGCAUUGACAAAUUGUGUACAUAUCACAACUGUGUAUCCAGAAGGGACUUUUCAUACAUUUUGGUUUUUGAACAACGUUUUAAUCUUUUUCUCAAUGGUAAGAUGUGUUUACACCGCCCGACGUGUUUCGAGGUUGUGGACAAGGGCGGGGGUGUUGUGAGCCUGGUUCUCGUCGCUGACGACAAAGCUAUGUGAUGCUUUUAUAAAGUUACGCACUUUGUUCGUAUCAACAAGUCUUACUUCUGAACUGUCACCUGCACACUUCUUAAAAUGGAAAAAAAAAAGUGCACCUGUUGAAAAGUUUACAUGUGAACAUUGCUGAAAUUAAGCACAUUCUCUUCUUUCUCUCUCGCGUUGAAAAUGAUUUAUGUACUAUAGAUAUCCAUUAUGUUGUAGACCUGAAAAGCAAGUUUCUGUUAUGUUCAUUUUGUCUAAGAGAUAAUACCACUUAAUAUUUGCGCGGUGACACUUUCUUUAAAAUGUCACUUGUAAAUCCAUUAUAGCUCACAUUCAUAAUGUAUAUUAAAAUAGUUUUAAAGUGUGGAAUGAAAUGUAGUUUUCUGAAUUUUUCUGAAUAGCACAAACUGAUAUAUAUUUCACUAAUAAAGCAAUGUAAAAACAA